AUCUCACAAUGAUUUCCAAUGCAGCCAAGAAGGUCGUGGUCAUCAUGGGUGCCGGGCCCGGCACAGGCUUCGCCAUUGCCAAGCGCUUCGCUCUGGCCGGCCACCCCGUCGCUCUUCUAGCCCGCCAGCGCUCCCGCCUAGAAAGUCUGGCAGAGGAGAUUAACAGCCUCAAGGCCGGUCCUGCGCACGUCUUUGAUGCCGAUGCUUCCAAGAAGCAGAGCGUCGAUGCUGCUUUCACUGAGAUCACUCGCUACUAUCAGGGCACAAGCGAAAAGGCAAAGGUGUGGGGAGCAGUCUACAACCCCGGGGGAUUCUUGAUGUCCCCUCUGCUCGAGGUGACCGAGGAGAAGUUGAGGCAGAUUGUAGAUGUGCAAUUCUUCGGUGGGUUCUUCUUCGCACAAGCCUACCUCAAUGCUCUGACCAAGGGCGAGGAAGGCUCAGCCGCAUCUUCGGAUGACAAUGAGGCACGAGGUUUCCUGGCUUUCACUGGAGCUUCCGCCUCGCUCAAGGGUUCGGCCAAGUUCGCCGCCUUCAGUGCCGCUAAAGGAGCUCUGCGUAACCUGGCCCAGUCUACUGCAAGAGAGUGGCAGCCGCAGGGAGUGCACGUCUUCCACUCCAUCGUUGAUGGGUUCAUCGACACCGAAGCCACACGUGGCAUGCUCGGCACAGACUUCAAGCCCCACACCCGCAUUGACCCAGCAGACAUUGCAGAGAGCUACUACCGCGUAGCUGCCCAGAAGCGGUCUGCCUGGACACACGAGCAGGAUUUGAGGCCCUUCUCUGAGACGUUCUGAAUGAGAGAAUAGUUCUGGACGAGGGGAGCGAAAGUCGAUGAAAGGCGCAAGGAUAGUGACUGUGGACAUCAUCAAUGUGGCCAAUGCGGAACGCAAUAAUAGAAAGCCAGUUCCAUACACUCCAUCACAUGUUUGUUUGCCCUGAUAAUUUCGUACCAAAAGAAUUGCGUCGCGCUGUCGAAUUCUCCCCUCUUU